CAGUUCCGGCGUCAUGGCGGCGGCGGGGGAGGACGUGUCGGCGCUGAGGGCCGAGGUGGAGCGGCGCGAGGACGAGCUGGGCCAGCUGAGGCGGCGGCUGGAGGAGGCGGAGCGGAUGGCGGCGCCGGCGGCGACGGACGAGGAGCCGCUGCCGGCCCGGACCGCCCUGACGGCCGAGGAGAUCGAGCGGUACAGCCGGCAGCUGGUGCUGCCGGAGCUGGGCGUGCGCGGGCAGCUGCGGCUGUGCGGCUCGUCGGUGCUGGUGGUGGGCUGCGGGGGGCUGGGCUGCCCGCUGGCCCAGUACCUGGCGGCGGCCGGCGUGGGCCGGCUGGGCCUGCUGGACCCCGACACGGUGGAGCCGAGCAACCUGCAGCGCCAGGUGCUGCACGGCGAGGCGGCGGCGCGGGCGGGCCGGCCCAAGGCGCACUCGGCCGCCGCCGCCCUGCGCCGCCUCAACUCGGCCGUGCAGGUGGUGGCCCACGCCGGGGCCCUGCGGCCGGCCAACGCCGCCGCCCUGGUCGGCCGCUACGACGUGGUGGCCGACUGCUCCGACAACGCGCCCACGCGCUACCUGGUGAGCGACGCCUGCGUGCUGGCCGGCCGGCCGCUCGUCUCGGCCAGCGCCCUGCGGCUGGAGGGCCAGCUGGCCGUCUUCCACCACGGCGGCGGGCCGUGCUACCGCUGCGCCUUCCCGCGCCCGCCGCCGGCCCGCGCCGUCACCAGCUGCGCCGACGGCGGCGUGCUGGGCGUCGUGCCCGGCGUGCUGGGCUGCCUGCAGGCCCUGGAGGUGCUGAAGCUGGCCGCCGGCUUGCCGCCCUCCUACAGCGGCCGCCUGCUCCUCUUCGACGCCCUGGCCGACGGCCACGCCGGCCGCCCCUUCCGCUGCGUGCGCCUGCGGGGCCGCCGCCCCGACUGCCCGGCCUGCGGCGAGCGGCCCCGCCUCAGCCUCGACGCCCUGCCCGACUACGAGGCCUUCUGCGGGGGCGGCCGCUGCCCGGCCCCCCGCCCGCUGCCCGCCGAGCUCCGCGUCUCCCCCGAGCGCUACCGCGGCCUGCUGGACCGCCGCCACCCCCACCUGCUGCUGGACGUGCGGCCGCCCGUCGAGGUGGACAUCUGCCGCCUGCCCCACGCCCUGCCCGUCCCGCUGGCCCGGCUGGAGCGCGGGGACGAGGACGCCCUGCGCGCCCUGGCCGAGGCCGUGGCCCGGGGCCGGGCCCGCCUGCCCCCCGGGGCCCCCUUCCCCGUCUUCGUCGUCUGCAAGCGGGGCAACGACUCCCAGAAGGCCGUCGAGAUCCUGCGCCGCUCGCCCGCCCUCCAGCCCCUCGACGCCAAGGACAUCGUCGGCGGGCUCAUGGCCUGGGCCGCCUCCGUCGACCCCACCUUCCCCCGCUACUGACGGACGGCGGACGUGCUCCGGGCCCGCCGCGGGACCCUCCCCCGGGUGGGCGGCGGCGGCGGACCCGGGCCAACGGCGCGGUCGUCCUCCCGGGACGCUCGCCGCUCUUCCCCACCUUCUUCCUCGGCGCAUUUCGCGUCCUUUCGUUCCACUCGCCUAGUCCAGGCUUAAUAACGGUGGCCUGUAUUAAGCGCUUACCGCGUGCGAAGCCCUGUUCUAAGCGCUGGGGAGGUUACGAGGUGAUGGGGUU